ACAUGUUUGACAAACCUUGGAGUUCCUAGUGCAGCCUUAUAUGCUUCCAUGAUAGAAACAGCUAUAUGUAAAGAAAAAAUUUUUGAAGAAAUUGCAAUAGGGUUUUUAAAAGUAUUGUAUAUAACCCCUGAGAAAGUUGAGCUAAAUCAAUGUUUUCAAAUAUUUUUAGAUAAGUUAUAUCAAGAAAAAAAGUUACAGUUAGUUAUAGAUGAGGCACAUUGCAUAUUAAGUUACCAACAUUUCCAAGGAGCCUGGGGAAGAUUAGGAUUUCUUAAAAAACAAUAUCCGACUGUACCUUUAUUGUUGUUAACUGUGACUGUGUCAAGUGCGCAUAUUGAAGCUAUUCAUAAAACCCCAAAUCUUGAACAAUCUAAUUUUGAAAUAAUUCAUAGUACAAAUCUAUUGCAUAAAGAAAUCCAGUAUGAGGUUAUAUCAAAAAAAGACAGAAAAGAUACAAUUAUUGGAGAUAUGGCUAAAAUAAUUCAUACCAUUAAAGAUGAUAUAUAUCAUGGGGGUCUAGAUAGUAAAGAUAAAAAACAUAUAUUAGAAAAAUGGGAAGAUACUGAACUUAUACAAUUAUCUGGUCAUGCGGGAUAUCCUGUACAUGAAGCAUAUUUGCAAACUAUACAAAAAGAUCUUUUUAAAGUAAUAGCCUUUUGUGCAAUACAAUAUGACUGUCGUCAGCAAUUUUUGUGCAAAUAUCUCUGGCCCGAACUAUCUUCUUCUUAUUAUGAAUGUAAUAAUUGUGACAACUGUCAAAGAAGAAAUGAAGAAAAUCCACAACUUAUUAAUGCUCUCUCAGAAAUUUUAGAAAUAUUAGAAGUAGUAGAGGCAUUGACAAAAAAUAAUCUAAUGGAAGUUUCAUCUGAUGAUGUCAUUGAUGUAUUUAGCAGAUCAAAUACUGAUAAAAUUCGAAAAAAUAGAUAUAAUGAGCUUAUAUUACAAAGAGAUACGAAAGAGGUAAAGUUAUACGAGGAGAAACCGCCAACAAUUUUAGUUCCUAAAGAAAUAGCACGGAUUGCUCUAAAUGAUCUAGUCUGCAAAGAUUUAGUCAAACAGGAAAUACGGUUACAGCAAUCCAAAAUUACGCAAUAUUUGUCAUGCAAUACAGUUGUAACAGGAAUCUCUGAAAAUGCCAAAAAAUGUGCAGAAAAAGAAUGUUGGGAAUAUUGGGUAUACUCACGAAAAGGAAAAAAGCAAUCUAAAUAA